AUGACACACAACAACAACAAACCACACAACAGCAACAAAACAACGACGCGAAAAAAUGCACCAACAUCAAUAACCAAAAAAUUCGGCACAUUUAUUGCUCCGACGAAUACACAUGCAAACUGCCACAAAGAUUUUUUUACAUUGUGCAAACAUGAUGAAUGCCUGUGGGGGAACUCUGGUGACAAUAUCAUAAUUUCUCCAAAUUUACUGGCCGAUAAUUUAAAUAAUAAUAUUGCCGUUGGUACUGAUAGCAAUUUAACAACUUGUUGUUGUGGUAGACGAUGUAAAGGGAGAAAAGGUUUGCGAAUGCACCAACGAUCGUGCAAAACAUUCAAGGACUUGCAAAAUUCGAGAAAAUCUCCAAAUGAUCCAGAAGCGGAUUCCAAAUUGACGUCAUCUCCGAUGCAACAGAAAGAAUCUCCACCGCCGUCAACAUCAACGUCGCCGCCAACAUCAUCGCCACCGGCAAACAACAUCACGAACAAUACACCACUCCCAGGGAUAAAACUACCCAUAACAACAACUCAUUGGCUUGAAGCCAAUGCAUAUUUCCACUCUCAAAUUGCAACACUGCCAAACAUUACUGACAUCAAUAACUUCACUACCACUUUACAAACACUAAUAUACAAUUAUUUCGCAUCAAACUACGGCACUCUUAAUCAAAAAUCAAACUCAAUAACAACACUCGAUAAACCAAUCAACAAACUAAAGUCAGAAUUGAAACAAUUAAAGCUGCUAGGCCGUAACAACCACAAUUUUGACGUCCAAAUUAGCACGCUGAGCAAACAUAUUAGAUCAAAAAUAUCAUCAGCAAAAGCGAUAAAAGCUGAAAAAACAGUCAAUAUCACAAGCCAAUUAAAACAAAAAUUCUGA